UGUUAUGAAAACAGACCGAUAAUUCUGAAAUCGAGUUCUUGUUAAAGCCAAUCAAUGCAUAUAAUGGGAAUGAUGAAAUUUUCUUACUGUGUUCUCUUAUUUGGAUGUCUUUAUCAUGUGGAAUCUCUUUCGACCUUAGCCAGGAGUACAUGCACAUUUGAAAAUGCGACGUGUAUAUGUUGGCAUCAAUACAAUGCUGUCUACGUCAACUGCUCAGGAGGAAAUGUAGAAUCGAUUCCUGGAUUUAACGAUAGUGUAAUUUGGCUGGAUUUGAGUCAUAACAGAAUUAACGAAAUCCGUCUACAGACAAUACCCAAACAUUUGAUACAUCUUGAUCUUUCUUGGAAUGAAAUAAAGAAUGUGACGAGAGGGGUCUUCAAUUCUUUACCAGAGCUCAGCUUUCUUGACUUAUCGUAUUGCAAAAUACAUUAUGUUGAGGAAGGGUCAUUUAGUGAUUUGCAUAAUUUGCGACACUUGAACAUUUCCUUCAAUAGGAACGUAGGAUUUGCGUCACUGCCAAACCUGACCUUUCAUUUAAACAAAACGAGGAUUGGUUCCCUGCAUUUGAAUGGUAUCACAUGCAGGACAGGAGCAGGUACAACCCUAAAACGUCAUCAUUUAGAUCUCAUAGGAACAAAUAUUACAGAACUUUCCCUAGAGAGCAACAGAUUGGAAAUCUGUGAACGAGAUGUGAUAAAAAAUUUACCAAAAACGUUAGAGUUACUUUCAAUGGCCAAAAAUAGAUUGAAAACAGGCAUAUAUGUCUUAGAAUUUGCAUUGAUGACUGGUUUAAAGGUAUUGAACACAAGUUUUCAGCAGAAUCCGUCAUUUUGUCCGGCGUGUGUGCUAGAUCCAUGUAGGGAUAAAAAAGAAAAUUUUGCAAACACAGCUGGUGAUUCCAUCAAUGGUUACGAACAACAUUACGAUUAUAAUUCUCCCCAAACUAUUAAUUGGACGAUAUAUUCCCCCCCAAAUCUUGAAACAUUUGAUUUUCGUUCUAGUACAUUAUACUUACUUAAUACGGAUGUUUCUGUACAUGCUCCAAAUCUUCGACACGUGUACUUUCAACACAAUUUCAUUGUGUCUUUGACUAAGAAUUUUCGGAUGAAAAACAACAGUAUAGUAUCCUUUGAUAUUUCACACAACUUCUGCUCGCACGUGUCACCACAAAUCUUUGAAGAUUCUAGACAUCUAAAACAUUUGAAUAUGUCUCACAAUUACUUGGGCCAAGACCUGGGAAAGGACACCGAAGGCCAGCUGUUUAAAAAUCUUGAGAGUCUUGAGAUGUUGGAUUUAUCAUUCAACAAAAUUGCUUCUUUACCAAAGCUUCUUCUGGGAAAUUCGAAAAGGGUUAGGUUCAUCAACAUUAGUAACAACAGAUUAUCAGACUGGAAGAUUAGUAUGAGUGGUAUGUCCAAAUUAGUAUUGCUUGACUUAUCUCAAAACAAAUUGACAACGCUUGAUGAAAACGCUCGUACUAACAUUGAAAGAGUUUUCAAACAUUCCAAUUUAUCCAUUGAUUUGUCAGAGAAUGUACUACAAUGUUCAUGCAAGAAUGAAGAAUUCCUCACAUGGAUGAGCGAAAACGAACACCAUUUUAUCAACAUCGAUAAUUACACGUGUUCUCCACCAAACGAUGGAUUUAGUUUUAAAACAUUAAAAAAAUCUGUGAUUUCGUUGUCGAAAUCUUGCAAAUCUUAUUUAGGCUGGUACGUUGGAUGUGCAGUGGCAUUGGCAGUAUUUUGUAGCUUUGUAACAGGUUGGUUGCUUGUCAAGAACAAAUGGAAAAUCCGAUAUAUUAUUUACAAGUCAAAGCAGAAAUUUGGAUGGAUAAAGCAACCAAGUAUACAUGGGUCAACCAGCGUGAAUUACGAACAUGAUAUAUUUCUGUCCUACAGUGGUUGUACAUUGAUGUUUGUACUGAAUGAGGUCAUUCCUCGUCUGGAAGGAAACAGGAAUAUGAAGCUUAUUAUCAAAGAUCGGGACUAUUUGCCAGGAUUUCCAAAAACCGAUAACAUAAUGCAUAGUCUACAAGAGAGUCGAAAAACUGUUUGCGUUGUGUCCAAAACAUACUUAGAAUCUAGGUGGCGCGACUAUGAACUGAACAUGGCGAAGAUAGAAGGCAUUGUCGAUCGGGGUCGCUUAGAUUUUGUCAUACUUAUUUUGUUACCGGAAGUGUGUAAGAGCGGUUAUCCUAGUAAAAUCAUGGAUCUGGUGAUGAGAAAUUGUUAUGUUGAAUAUCCGGAAGAACCGUGUGCCUAUGACGAUUUCUGGGAGAAAUUGGUCAAUAUGAUUGAAAGCUAAAUUAAUGCCAGUGUAUUGCUUCUGUUUCUGUUUCCGUAUAUAUAUAUAUAUUUCUGUCGGAGCAAGGUGAAAUAAUACAAUUUGCGUUAAUUUUACAUUUUGAGCACAAAAGUAAUGGGUGGAAUAAACGAUGUAUGGUUUUGAAUCAGUGUACAUCGAAUAUUUUAAUAUGGGAUCAAAUAUACGAGUGAUAGCACAUGGAAUACUGGCUGUCGGGUCUCAGAAAGGUAUGCUUUGAUGAAAUCUAAACCUUUCACAAAAAUUAAAAGCAUUCAAUAAAAACACCUAUGGUGUGGCAUAAACAAACAUACACAAUGAUUUGGAGUAAUAUAUUAGAUAACCCAGUGACUUAAUCGCAUUUAUUGAUUAAAACAUUCGAAUUCUUUAACACAAAUCGUUACAACUCUUUACCCAUGAAUUAACAGAGUAUCACAUUCUACUUUAAACCAUGUUUUUUUUUAUUCCAAGUCUUAUAUUUUUCGUGUAGCUAAUUCUCGUCCCGGUCUGUAACAUUUCUCCCAGUGUUUUUUUUUUUUUCACGUUCAUAAACUAUUGAUAAAAGAAUACAUAUAAUAUAUAUAGUUGUUUGAUAAAAAUGGAAUAUUUCAAGAAUGAUUUAGUUGUAACAGUGUGUUAGGUUUCUAACAAAACCCUAAAUAUAUAAAGAAAUCACUAUAUCACGUCAUAUGGAUUAUUGAAGAUGUUAUUCUUGAAAGACAUCAGGAAUAUUCGAAAGCAUCGUAUUUUGUACAUGUUGUAUAUAUUGUAGUAGAAGAAAAUGAGAAAUAUAACCUAGUUGUCAAAAUUGUUUAAGAAAAACAUUUUUUCUGUAUCGAGAUAGUAGUGGAUAGAAAACAAAGCAUAUUUCAUUGAUUCUGUGUUUAUAUUUCAUCAACGUCAUUUAUGAUCUGUAUGGGUUUUUUUUCUCCCUCUGCAUUUAGUAGGAUGUAUGUAUGGGAUUCACGAACAGUAAUAGGUUGAAGUACUUUAUAAUGUAAUUAAAUAUACUACUCAAAAUUUGAUAAGGAUCACUAGGUUAUAUGUGUAAUUUACCACUAACAUAACAAAAGACAGAAACGUGUUUACACAGGUUAUGAAUGAAACUUCAUGAACGGCAUGAACAUUUAUCAAUACGGAAUGCUUGAAAUCUGAUAACAACACCAAAAGGCAUUUCAUUACAAAAAGUUAACCGCAAACCAGGGAAAGAAUUACACAGUUUUUGGGGAUAGUCCAUCAUUACACUUAGUCGAUGAAGUGUCAAUACCGGGUAUGGCCUCCCCUUGCAUCAAUGACCGCUUGACAACGUCGAGCCAUGCUGUCAAUAAGCACCCGGAAAGGUUGUUCCACUCUUCCACGAGGGCGUUUCCGAGC